AUAAUUGAGCCUCCGUGUGGAUCGAGCCUUAAAAAGGUGAACGAUAUAGGGGAAUAUACUUCUGCGAGCGAGCAGCGUUGGCAUAACUGCCGAGAGAGACACGUGCGAGCUGAGCACCUAACCUCAAUAAGUUUAGCCGACGCGGAAGCUUUCGGUGAGAGUUUUAUUUCGAGCGGUAUCGAACAUUUAACAAAUAUCCAAGGAAAAUGGAAGCGAAUGUCAUAUCUUGCACCGCGUGGGUGAAGAAAGGCGUUGCCGCGGCCGUUCCGGAGAAGGUUGAAUUAAGGCCCGACGAGCUCGAGAAGAUUAUAAAGGAGACACAAGCCGCCCUGGCAAGCGAUGACGAUUCUGACGGAGAGGCAGCCGCCUCGAAAACGCAGUCUAAUACAGAAAGUAAAGGAGAAUCUUCAACAGCCGGCACUGAUGAAUACAACUUUAAAACCUACGAUAACGAAUCUGGCGACAUGUAUUGUCACAUCAGUAACAUAGCGACUUUUGGUAAAAGUGGCAAAGAUCCUCUUAUAACAAAUGACGAAGAAGAUUCGGAUAAGGAGGACGACAUUAUCAAGGCUGAUGACAACUUGGUGCUGUUUGGGCACGUUGAGGGCGACGCCAGCAUCUUGGAAGUGUUUGUAUAUAACGACAGAGAAGGAUCCUUUUACUGCCAUCACGACAUACUGCUUCCUUCGUUUCCAUUAUGCAUAGAGUGGCUUGACUAUGAUCCCACCAGUCCAAAACCAAGCAACUUGUGCGCAAUCGGUAAUAUGACGCCCAUAAUUGAGGUGUGGGACUUGGACUUGAUAGACUGCUUAGAACCCGCCUACAAAUUAGGCCGUAGACCAAGUAAAGUGAAGAAUCAAAAGCGCAUCGGUCACAAGGAUGCAGUUUUAGACGUGUCCUGGAACCACAAUUACAUGCAUGUUCUUGCUAGCGGUUCGGUCGAUCAGACGGUCUUGUUGUGGGACUUGGAGAAUGGUAAACCUGUGAACAAACUGGGUCCGUUCAACGAGAAAGUGCAGACAUUAAAGUGGCAUCCGCGAGAGGCCCAUCAGCUAUUGACAGGAUGUGCAGACGGGCUAGUAAACUUAUUCGAUUGCAUGAACGAAACACCUGUUACAAGUUGGAAGGCAUCGGGAGAGGUGGAAAAGGUGUUAUGGGAUCACCACGACGAAAAUUACUGUAUUGCCAGCACGGACAACGGUUACAUAGAAUACUUUGAUGUGAGAAAGCGCAAACCGUUGUGGCAAAUUAAGGGCCACGAGAAGGAAGUCACAGGUCUCUCUCUCAGCAUGUCGUGCCGUGGCCUGUUAGUUUCUUGUUCGAACGAUGGUGUUAUAAAAGUAUGGGACAUAGAUCAGAAAGUCCCUACUCUUGUGUGGGAACAAACUAGUAAUCUGGGCGCUAUACAAUGUCUCGCGGCGAACCCGGAUAAUGGAUUUAUAUUUACUGUUGGCGGAGAUAACAAAGCGCAUAAUUUCAAAGUGUUGGAUCUCAUGGAGGUACCCGCUGUGCGAGAGAAAUUUGUGGAACGCGUCGCAUCGAAAAACCCUGUGGAACUACGACAAGAGAUGAUGGAUGUCGCUGAAGAUAUGGAAGAUAUGGAACUUGAAAGCUCGGAAUCGUCGAGUACGAAGAAAAAGAAACAACUGAAGAAUGUACAGCACAAAGAUUGAUGAAAAUCUUAGCUAGUUGAGACGUGAAAAUAAACUUUUAUAAAAAAUGUAAGUAAACCACACUUUUGUUAUACAUUUUUUGUACAGUUAAUUUAUAACAUGAAUUCCAUAAAAAGAUAAUUGUAUUUAUAUUCUAUUUAAUAGGUUGAUUAUUAAAACACAUUUCAUUUGUGUUUCUCGAAAA